UAAAAAGCACAGGAGUGAGAGAAACAGAAAAAGAAAUGGCAAGAGAGUACUAGGAAAAUAUAAAAAAAGUGUCAUCUUCAGUAAUUGAAUUAGGAUCAACAAUAACACAAGGCGGUAGCAGUAGUAGAGAUGAUCAUGGUGACCAUGAUGAUCAAAGGCUUGAAUCAGUACAGAUGGAAGACUUGACUAUAUACAGAAAUUUGUCACUUCCUUCUGAAGCUUUUCUCAAAUCAGCUAUUUCUCUUAAAGACCAGGUAGCGGAAGCUACUUGGAGAGAAGCAAAUGGUAGAAAGAAGGGUUGUGUUGAUCCAACGGUGUAUACAGGUUUACUUGGUACAGUUUUUACUUGUUUGAGAUCAUAUGAAGCUACCGGAAAUCAGAAUGACUUGCUAUUGUGCACUGAGAUUGUUGAUUCUUGUGCUGCGUUUACUGCAAGCACUUCUAAAAGGCAUUUGACAUUUUUGUGUGGAAGUGGAGGAGUAUAUGCACUUGGGGUUGUGACCGCUAAUUACAGAAAUGACCUUCAAAAGCGGAGCCUGUUCUUGGACCUUUUCCUUCAGGUAGCACAAGAGAGAGCACUCCCUGCUGGGCCCGAGGAAGGCGGUUUUGGAAUGUCAUAUGAACUUCUAUAUGGCCGAGCUGGAUUUCUUUGGUCUGCAUUAUUCAUUAACAAGCAUCUCGGAGAAGACACUAUCCCUAAGGACCUUCUCAUACCAAUCGUGGAAGCCGUGCUGGCUGGGGGUCGAGCAGGGGCAUUAAAUCAUACUGGGUGCCCGUUGAUGUAUAGAUGGCAUGGGACUAGGUAUUGGGGUGCAGCUCAUGGUCUUGCUGGAAUCCUUCAGGUUUUACUACACUUCCCGCUGUCAGCUGAUGAUGCUGAAGAUGUUAAAGAGACCUUAAGGUACAUGAUGAGAAACAGGUUCCAACAGAGUGGCAAUUAUCCUGUAAGCGAAGGGAACCCCGGGGAUAAGUUGGUGCAGUGGUCACAUGGUGCCACGGGUAUGGCCAUUACCCUAUGCAAGGCUGCACAGGUAUUUUCAGGGGACAGGGAGUUCCGUGACGGGGCUAUAGAAGCAGGAGAAGUUGUUUGGAAGAAUGGGUUAGUAAGAAAAGUAGGACUGGCAGAUGGUGUAAGCGGAAAUGCAUAUGCAUUCCUAUCGCUAUAUCGUCUAACAGGAGAAAGUAUAUAUAUUGAAAGAGCAAUGGCUUUCACAAGUUUUCUAUAUCAAAAUGCACCAAAGCUCGUGGGAGUCGAUCAGGAAAGAGAAUCUGAACAUGCAUACUCUCUUUUCCAAGGACUUGCUGGGACAGCUUGUCUAUGGUUUGACAUAGUCUCAUCAGAGAGCUCAAGAUUCCCUUGUUUUGAACUUUAAACAAGGUUUUUCUUGCUCACAUUCACUGAUAAAUGGCUGAAGACAUGGAUUAAAACGAAUGCAGAAGAGUACGGGCCUGAAAGUGAUUUUAUGGUUUACAUUCCACAAUUUUAAGCUUGUAUUUGACAUCUUCCAUAAGUUCAUACACACUUGUGAAUUGGAGUCCUCAUGAUGUCGACAUUGCACUAGUUCUCUGUAGAUUUUGGGUGUAGUUAGAUAAAUACUACUCCCUAGGCCAAAAAAUGAUAGUAUCUAUUUCGGAAAACGGAGGUGGCACUAUGAUUUUGAACUCAGGUCAUUGUUAUCAAAUUCUUAAAAGGUCUCAAGUUAUGUGACAAAGUGAGCAUACAUGAUGGUUUGAUUUU